UGGUCAUAAUAAUACCUUUUCAAGUUGUUUGUAUGGAAACGCGGCUGCCUGUUUACCAAUCCCCACAUGCCUAAUUUUAGAAACUCCAUAGAAACAACCAACCCCACAUGACUCGUAAACCCUAAAUUCUUCAUUCUUCUUUCUUUCUUCCCCUUCAUAACCCUAAUUCUUCCAUUUAUUUCAACUCAGAUUAUUAUUAUUGUUUUCAUUAUUAUUUCCAAUUCGUCAACCUUAUCUUUAUUUAUUGCCUUUUGUGAUUCAUAAACCAAACCAAACCAAACCAAGCCAAACCAAGCAAAGCAUUUGUUGCAAUGGAUUUGAAUUCGGGUUUAAAGAAAAGAAGGUUGAUGAGUGAAGAUAAUGAUAAUGAUAAUAAUAAUAAUUGGGAGCAGAAGAGAAGAAACCGAGCGAGCAAGUAUGGCAAUGGAAUGGCGUGGUUUCGCGGCUGUUUGAUCGGAAAAGGGUGUUUCGGGUCUGUAUAUCUUGCAACUUUGAAGAAACCCAAAUCGAAAUACAGCUCUUACCCGCCAAUUAUGGCUGUCAAAUCGGCAGAGGUCUCUGUUUCAUCUUCAAUUCAAAAGGAGAGAGAGGUGUUGAAUAACAUUAGAGGCUGUCGUAAUGUGAUCAGAUGUUUUGGGGAUGAGAUUACCAAUGGGGAGAAUGGUCAGAUGGUGUAUAAUUUGCUGCUGGAGUAUGGGUCUGGUGGAACCCUAGCUGAUCUGAUCAAGAAAUCUGACGGGUUGCCCGAAUUGGAUGUUAAACGUUACACUAGAUCAAUUCUCCGUGGGUUGCGGCAUAUUCAUCGCUGCGGGUAUGUUCAUUGCGAUUUGAAGCCUGAAAACAUCUUGCUCGUAGCCAGUGGUGGUUCUGGAGGGGAUCAAUACACAGCUAAGAUUGGCGAUUUAGGGUUGGCGAAGAGGGCAAAACAGAACAAAAAGGGGAAGUUGAUUGUUCCUUACUGGAGGGGUACACCGAUGUACUUUUCGCCUGAAGUUGUGAUUGAUGGGGUUCAAGAAGCUCCUUCGGAUAUUUGGGCGGUUGGGUGUAUUGUGCUCGAAAUGUUAACUGCGAACCCACCUUGGGGUCCGAAAGGAGAUACGAAUAGUGACGAGAUUAUUACUCGAAUUGGGGAGCUUAAUGAGUCUCCGUUGAUUGUAAGCACGUUGUCGAGUGAAGCCAAGAGUUUCUUGAAGGGUUGUUUCUCGAGGAAAUCGAUGUACAGAUUGACAGUGGAGAUGCUUUUAGCUCAUCCGUUUUUAGAAGGAAUAGAUGAAGAUAAUGAAGAUGAUGAUGAUAACAAUAAUAAUAAUAAUGUUGAAGAUACUGGUGACGUUUUUGACAUAAACGCUAUCAGCUCGUUAAUUAUGUCUGAAGGUGAAGACGAUGAGGCGAUCAGUUUUUCAUUAUUUUCAGAUGAUUUAUGUUCUUGGUCAGAAGAAGAAGAUGUAACAAGCGCCGCCAGUGCCCCAUUGAAUGAAGUACACCACCAAUACCCUAUUACUUUCACUGUUGUGUAAGAGAAUUUAUAUAAUGUUUUGUGAGAUUUGAAGUUACAUUCAUACCUAUGUUCUGUAGUCAUGUUUAAUGUACAGAGUACACUAUAUGUUUUAUGAAAUUUGAUUCAUUCUUUGUGUUAUCUGCGUAAUGUAUGCGGAAAUCAGGAUGAUAGUUUAAGCAUUAUUUUUGUAGGUUGUAUCAUUCAUAUAUGUGUUCUCAAUUAAUAUGAUUUUGGGAACCUAAAGAUUUUGGUUUCAUCUUGUUGUUGUAUAAGAAAAGUGUCACUGUUGCAGUUUUUGUCUCA